AUGGAAAUUUCCUUGCACAACAUCCCUCUGGCAGUUACUACAGAAGACUUGACAAUUGCGUUCGCCAACAUACUUCACAAACCUCCUUUUCAAAUCAGUCCUCUCCUGAAUUUUGAAGUACACUUCUCAGACGAAUCACACCCUGACGGACAGCAAGGCACCCUCACUCUGCCAACAGAGGAUGCUGGGGUCACUUUCUUGCGUGCUCAUGGUGUCACAGGUAUUGUCGUCAAAGGUCGACCAAUCCUCAUCAGCAGGAGCACGCAGGCGAUCCACGAGUCCCGUAUCGAGAGGUUGAAUAAGGUUCCAUGGCGCGACCCAAUGCAGUUGCGAGAAGAGCAGGAAUGGCUUCUUAUGAGAAACAAGUCUUUCCAGCUUCUCCGCUAUUCGUUCGGCCGUUUCCUCCCGGAUGGAUCUUUUUCUUCACAAGUGUCCCCGCCUGGUACAGCUAAUGUGAUUUGUGAUCUGGAGCAUCGGCAGGUACGCUUCACCUUUGAGCCUCAACAAAACACAUAUAACAACCCCUCCGGUAUUGAUCUCGGUGGUCUUAUGGAGCUUUUUGGACAAAGCAUCACCACAUCCAUCACUGCAUCCUAUGCGCCUCAUAAUAUCGCAGCACUAGUGGGUAACCGGGAUGAAGAUACCACUGUUGUGUUCGUUCGUGCCGAUGAGCCUCCUGUGUACACCUUGCUUACCGACAUGCUGGACAACACUACUAUUAAUCGUAUGGCGGGUUUGGGGCGUAAUCAAAAAAUGCCUCCGGGAUGUUAUAGUCUGAUGUUGGCCUUUCACAACCAGUCAGAGGCAGAUAGGUUCAUUUAUACAUGCCGCGAUCGUCUCCAUCUGCGUUGCUCCACGCAACACCAUAUCAAGAUCCGUAAUCACAUCUCGAACGGUACAUCCGUUGAGAAGCUUCACGAGUCACUCUCUCAGAUCCCAUACAAGCUUGGGUUCGAAGUAGAAAAGACGGUUGCAGAUUCUCUCUUGAGUGCGGCGGACAUUCUUUCGCUGAAGGAGGCCAUCUUAUCAUUACAAGCUCAACAUGGCGACGAUGCGCCGGAAAUAUUUCGGUCCUUUGCCUCGGAGCUUGCAGGACGCAGUGCGAGUCGUACAAAACGUCGCAACCGCCGGACACGGCGGCAAUCCAGUCAAGAGAGUUUGCCUUCUCUUCUUCGCCGAGUUACCCAAGGAUUUAUCAAAGAGCACCAAAAGCCCCGUCCUCUUCUAGCCCCGCCACCACAGAGUGGGGUCUACCUAUCCUAUCAUCUCAUCCUAACGCCCACGCGGUAUAUUCUAGAGGGACCUGUCCCGGACCAGUCCAAUAGUGUUUUACGCCGAUACGGACAUCCCGAGUGCUUCCUGCGUGUUUGUUUCCAGGACGAGAAUGGAUCGAAACUUCAUCGGGAACCCGAUUGCUCCAUUGCAGACCUUUUGAGGGUGCGAUAUCGCAAUAUCCUCCUCGAUGGCUAUCGCGUCGCUGGACGCCAAUUCCAGUUCUUGGGAUAUUCUAUGAGCGGUCUGAAAGAACAUUCGGUGUGGUUUGUUACGCCAUUCGAGGAUGAGGAUGGGAAAUUGCUGAAUGCACAAGCAAUACGAAACAACUUGGGCGAUUUCUCCAAACUUCACAAACAACCAGCUCGUUUGGCUGCAAGAUGGUCUCAAGCCUUCUCUGGCACUGAUCCAUCGAUCACACUUCUUCCCGAAGAAGUAGAUUUUCGUUGUCCCGACAGAUACUCGCCUUCAGGCGGGCUCAUGACAGAUGGGUGCAGCUCCAUAUCAGUUGAGCUUGCCACGGAGAUAUGGAGGUCUAUGCAGAAGAGAAAAAAGCGAUCCGCGAAGCUACGACAUGUUCCAUCGGCCUUCCAAUUUCGACUUGGCGGGGCCAAAGGCAUGGUCGUCCAAGACCCCACAAUUCAAGGAAAGCUCGUCCGCCUUCGUCCGUCACAGAUCAAGUUCAAUGCCCCCGAGAAUCUCACAUUUGACGUCCAAUCGACAUCAGCGGAACCAAUACCGGUGUUCCUCAAUCGUCCGCUCAUAUCUCUUAUGGAGUUCUUGGGUGUGGACACUCAAAGAAUUAUUGAGCUACAGGACGAUGACAUACACAAAGCUCAGUCCGUCCGAUUGUCAUGUACCGAUGCCUCAAAAAUUAUUCAGCAACACGGACUUGGGGCAUCUUUCCAUCUACCGUCUCUCUUCACAAACCUAUCGUCCAUUUUGCAACUCGAAAUUGGAGACGCGGAAAAUCACCCGUGGCUGUGGACCAACAAGCUCAUUGAAAGCUCUCUGCAGUGCGUCGAGACGUACAUCUUGCGGGAACUAAAGUACCGCGCGCACAUAUCAGUGCCAGGUUCGUAUACCUUGCUUGGCGUUUCCGAUGAAUGGGGCUGCCUGAGAGAAGGAGAGAUAUACGCGACCGUGUUUGAUGAAAGGAAGGGAUUUGUUGAGAGCAUCACGGGAAAGGUUGCCAUAACGCGCAGCCCACAGAUUCACCCAGGCGACCUGCAGGUUGUGACGGCUGUACGACGGCCAGAGUUGGAACACUUGAAGAAUGUCGUCGUCUUUUCCUGCAAGGGUGAACGGGCGCUUGCAUCAUGUCUGGGUGGAGGCGAUCUUGAUGGUGACAUUUUCAACCUAAUUCUUGAUCCGAGGCUGCUACCAACGAAACAGUUCGAACCCGGAGAAUAUCCGGCAGUGACCAUCAGAUCGAUACCGAAUGUAUGCGGCAUCUCCGAUGUCGCAGACUUCGUAAUUGACUAUAUUCAGGCCGACCUCAUUGGUCCCAUCGCCAUCAGUCAUCUCAGGUUUUCUGACAAGAAUACUCCAAAUUGUAGAGAAUGCAUUGAGCUCGCGAAGUUUGCUUCCCAGGCACUUGAUUUUCCGAAGAGCGGCACUCCUGUUAACUUCAGAUCCUUACCUUGGCUUCCGAGGACUCAAGCCAGGCCAGAUUUUCUUGCCAAAGAAGGCGCUGAUAUCACCGGCGGGCAGUACUACAAAAGCACAAAGCUUCUCGGUGAACUUUACCGUCGGGUGCCAAUGAAGAGAGUAAUACCUCAUGCAUGGAACGGGAGUUCUUCUCCAUCCGACGGAGCCACUGUGGAGGCUGCGCUCUCUUACGUAGACCUCCGUCAUCUUGGCCUUCCAGGAUUGCCCGAUCCGAGUGAAGAGUUGAUGGAGGAGAUUACAUAUCUACUCAAUGCAUAUUGCGAGCAGCUACUGAUCGUCGGGCAAGCACACACAAUGUCGAAAAACAAGAAUGUUCACGUCUCCGAAGCCGAACUGGUGAGCGGGACCAUCAUGGCAACUUGGUCCGAUCAUCAACGUCGGCGGAAUACAGUCUCCGCGAUGAACUUGCAGACGCAAGAACUCGUUCGUAGAGUAAGGGAAGAACUUCAGGGGGAGAAUCCUGUAUCAAGGACCGAAACGUCGUACGAGGAGGACCAGGAGACAUCAGAGACGGAAACGGACGAGGAAGAAGAUUAUGAAGAGUCAGACCGGCGAGUGAUGGCAGAAACGUUCAAGCGCUGUUUGGCGGCGUGGUGUGUAGCAGAAGAUAACCUGAAGGAAGAACCGAGCAUGUUUGGAGCUCAGAGUUUUGGAUUGAUCGCUCUGGGCAUGAUGCUCGAGAUUGUGAAGACAUCUCGUCUCAUGUCUCCAAAGGGGCGUGGUGGUGUAGUUGCACCAUCUGCUCCGAAUCGAGAUUUUAUACCUGACGUUGGGGGUUCGACCCCACCAUUCAGAGACAGUCCUGUUUUGCCAUCCGCAAGCGCCCUCACUUGCCGUUCGUUCUCGACCCUGCCCCUUGAAGGCACAUGUUUUUCACUAUUAGCUCACGGGCGUCAGUUUGACAAAGAUAGUUCAUAA